AAACUGAUACAACUUCCGACUUUACAGCAUCUUCUCGCGGCGUAGUGUGACAUUUUCUUGCAAGAAACGAGGAGGAAAAAAAAGUGUCGUUGGUAUAAAGCUGUAGGAAUUUUCGUGGAUCUUUCCAGUCUGUGCUAAAUGAGCCACGAUGAAGCAUUGCGUGGUGAUUCUUUUGCUUUGCAUCUGGGGUGCUUCUGGGCAAUUCCUGGGGCAAACUAGGGGACAAGCUAGAGGGCAGAUUCAUGGGCAAUCGAGGGAAGAAGUACGUGGGCAAGUAUUGAGACAGACGAUCCCUGAGGAACUCUCGCAGGAUCUCCUGCCUCCGUUUGAGGAAGUGAAGUCAGACGAUCCAGGAAAGACACAGGAAGUUGCUCCAACAGUUGCAACAUCUGAGCUUCCUCCAUUACCGCUGCCUGCAACAUCUUUUGUACCUGCUGGACAGGAUGCAACCAUUGCAACAUCUGAAUUACCUCCAUUCUCGGAGCCUCCUCAAGCUUCUGAGCUUCCAAAGCCCCCAGAGCCUCCAAAACCUCAAGCUUCUAGAUCAAGAUCGAGAUCAAGAAUAAGAACAAAGAUUCAGGCAACAGCAUCAUCGACCAAGCCGUCAGUUGAUGUGAAAGUGGGGUCAACAGGGCGUGAUCAAGUGCGGGAGCAACGUAAAUCAACAACACCGUCUCAGAUUGCAGAGGAACCCUCCGUGACGACGACGACAACUCUGAAGCCCAUUGAGUACGAGACACCGAGCUUAUUCCCUGUUCCUCCUCCUGCUCUUCCUGCUCCAGCAUUUUCUCCUCCUCAACACUCCUCAAUAGCUGCUGAUCCAUCAUCCAGGCGCCGUACCUACGAAGCUGUCUCUCCGGACAAUUUCAAACUCAGCCCUGCCCUCCCUGAUGGAUCAUACAAGUUCAGCUUCAAUCUCCUGGAGAGUGGCAUUCAACGCCAGGAAGAGGGGAAUCAUCAGCAAAGUCAAGUCUUCACAAAUUCUUCCGGACCACUAGUCAAUGGGGGCUACACCUACUCCGCUCCAGAUGGCCAGAUAGUCUCUGUGCAGUACGUUGCUGAUGAGUUUGGCUUCCGUCCCGUUGGCAGCCACAUCCCCGAGAUCCCAGAAGCCAUUAAACGUGCCCUGAAGUAUCUUCAAUCGAAAGCUAAUCAAGAUGAAUCUUAAAGCAGCCAAAGCUUAUUUACCAAAUUACAUUAAUUUGCAUGUAAGCGCUAGUUUUCAUUGCCAAGAAUUCUACAAGAAAUUCUUCUUUAAGAAUUCUUCAAGAAAUUCUCUUUCAGAUUUUUUUUAAAGAAAUUCUCUUUUAGAAUUUUUUAGAGAUUCUUUUUGAAGAAUUUUUUUUCUAUAAUAAAAACUUGUCAUGUUCAUCCUUUCUACAAAAGAAUAAAACUGAUUAAGAAAA